UGUUCAUUUCCAUCACUCAAUAGUGCACCUUAGUUUUGUCUGACCAGAGUGAGUGGAAAGAAACCAUUACCAGAAGCAUUCUCCAUCUUAUCCUCAAAUAUCUCUAGAGACCUUCAUAAUGAGAGACAACAGUUGCAAAGAGCGCAUAGACAAAAUCCUUCAAGAGGCUCCGACUGCAAGAAAAGCUCUUCUAGACAACUACAGCAAUCUGCACAAGGUGGCCGAUUACUGUCAGAACAAAUACCUAAAUGUGGCGGACACCAAAAGUGUCAUUGAAGAGUCCAAGGCACUCACCACCCAGGCCCUUGCCAGUGUCACAUACCAGAUAAACAAUCUGGCCACCUCUAUACUGAAGCUUUUAGAUGCUCAGACUGUUCAGCUCAAACAGAUGGAGUCCUCCAUCAACAUGUUGACACUGACAGUUGGCAUAUAUAAGGAGAAUAUUGCACGGAGAGAGAUUGGAGUGCUGACCAAACAGACCAAAAUUCCCCGGACUCAAAAGAUGGUUCCACCAGCAAGUGGACUAGAGCCGUUUCGCAUGUACAGACGUGUCCCCAUAUCCUACACCUGCUUAGACAAACUGGGACAUGGCCACUGGGAAAGCAACAAAACUGAGGAGCCAAAAGAGGAAACCGACAACAUUGACUCUUUCCAACAAUUCGGUAUACUGGAGACCAGAACCUUCAUCUUGUCUUUUGUGGGUAUUGCUGUUCCUCCUCCGUCAGUGCCUGACUGGGUGGGUUCUAGUGUCACAGCUCCUGCUGAUCUCUCUCCAGCUUCACCGUCUCCUUUACCCAUAUCUGCCUGCUCCCCGUCUCUACCUCCAUAUGCCUAUCCAGAGUUAUCCAUGCUGCCUCCUCCACCUCCUCCAGAUGACGAGAUGGAAGUCUCUCCACACCCACCACCUCCUCCCUCUCCUCCUCAGGACAACAUGCCAUUUUCUAUUCCACCACCUCCUCCACCUAGUUCUGGAGGCUCUUUUGUACCUCUUCCACCACCUCCACCUGCCCAAAACACCUCAGUGCCUUCAGCAAACACUCCACCUCCUCUUCAGGGCAAGAUGGCUGUUCCACCAGCUCCUCCUCCUCCUAGCUCUGGGUACAGUUGUUCAUCGUUAGCCUCACUGCCACCUCCACCUCCUCAAAAUGCCUCCAUGGUGCCACCGUCCCCUCCUCCACCUCCAAAUAUUGGCGGAAAAUUUGUUCCACCUCCCCCACCUCCUCUCCCAUUUUGAAUGUUGAAUUUCAAUGUUGACUUUAUUUGGAAGACUAUAAAACAGUUGACUUGAUAAGAAUUGUAUUGUUGUGUUUUAUAUGAAAUACUAUGCAACUCACCUUUACAAGUAUAAAGUUUUAUGGUAUAAAGCUCUGUAGGUCCAUAUAAUGCAAGUGAAAGUUGGCCAGAACUUUGAAUCUUCAAAAAGCACAUAAAGGCAGCAUAAAAGUAAUUCUCCAGUGGUUAAAUCCAUGUCUUCUGAAGAAAUAUGAUAGGUGUGGGUGAGAAACAGAUCAAUAUUUAAGUCCUUUUUUACUAUAAAUCUCCAGCCCCUGGAGUGUUAAUACCUUAUAUUCCUUUGACCAGCCCCAACCAGUAGGUGGUGAUAUGCAUGAAGAAAGUGAAUUGCCAAAAGAAUAAGAAUGUGAAAGUGAAAGUGGAUAUUCAUAGUAAAAAAGACUUACAUAUUAUCUGUUUCUCACCCACACAUAUCAUAUCACUUCUAAAGAUAUGGAUUUAACCACUGGAGUCGUAUGGAUUACUUUUAUGCUGCCUUAAUAUGCUUUUUGGAGCUUCAAAGUUUGGUCACCAUUCACUUUCAUUGUACGGACAUACAGAGCUAAGAUAUUCUUCUAAAAUCUUUGUUUGUGUUCUGCAGAAGAAAGAAAGUCUUACACAUCUGGGGUGGCAUGAGGGUGAGGAAAUGAUGAGAGAAUUUUCAUUUUUGGGUGAACUAUCCCUUUAAAUGUUUUAUAUUAUUAAGCAUAUUAAAGUAUAA